AUAACCGGCUUGAGCGUGCUGUGGAGCACCUGCCGUGACCGUUGACCCUUGACCUAGCUGAGUCAUGUGACCUGCUUCGCUCUCCAUCUUGAAACAAGGUUGGAGAUUCAUCGACAACUUGGAUGCGGUAGCCAGCCUUGCUUUUCUUCUCUCUCUCGCGACAGCAUCUUUUGUGUGGAUUGUUCUCAAAACCGGAUAAAAUGUUCCGGAAAAGAAGUACGAAGGGUGAAGUUCAAACGGAAUACUCAUGUAGUAUCCGUUUUCUGGACGAUUCGGAACCGAUUCAACUAAAUUUCAAGAAAGACACACUUGGACAGUGGCUAUUUGACAGAGUAUGCGAGAAACUCAGCUUGGUAGAAAAGGAUUACUUUGGGUUGCGAUAUGUGGACGCCGAGAAACAAAGACACUGGUUGGAUCCAUUGAAAACUGUAUAUAAGCAACUCAAAGGUGUCAAUCCCAUGGUGCUCUGUUUUCGUGUGAAGUUUUACCCAGAAGAUCCCAUGAAACUUCAUGAAGAGAUUACACGCUACUACCUGUAUCUGCAGUUGCGGCGAGAUCUCCAUCAUGGCCGUCUGUUGUGCUCCCCACAAGAUGCUGUUCACCUCGCGUCAUACAUUGUCCAGUCUGAGGUUGGCGACUACGAUCCACAGGACCAUCCACCGGGCUACAUCACUGCCUUCAAGAUGCUACCCAAACAGAACUCCAAGAUGGAAGAUCAGAUUCAGGAGUUGCACAAGACGCUCAAGGGCCAAGUACCAGCUGAAGCUGAGAGUAAUUUCCUGAAGAAAGCAUCGGUGCUGGAUACCUUUGGUGUCGAUCCACAUCAGGUCAAGGAUCAGCGAGGAGAUCAGCUAUAUCUGGGCGUGACUCAUCAGGGCAUCAUGACCUUUCGCGGCAGCCGACGAACGCAGCUACAUAAAUGGAACCAGAUCAGAAGAAUUGCCUAUGAAGCGAAGAUGUUUAUAGUCCAUGUGAAUGUUGCAGAGGAGGAAGAUGCUGCGAACGCAAAGAAGGUUUCGGAUGAGGCGGCAGAAGGGGGAAAGGAGAAAGAGAAGGAUAAAGGAAACGAAACGGGGAAAGAACAGGAAAAAGAGAAAGAACAGGGGAAAGAACAGGCAAAAGAAACUGAAACUGGGAAAGAACAGGAAACGGGAAAAGAGCAGGGGAAAGAAUCAGAAACGGGAAAAGAGCAGGGGAAAGAACCUGAAGCGGGGAAAGAAACUGAAACUAAUAAAGAAACUGAUAAGGAAAAUCAGAGCGAGAAAGAAAAAACUGAGGAAAAUAAGUUUGAGAAGCAGCAGCCCCAUGGAUACAAGUGUCUGACUGUCGGAGCGUGCAAGUACCUGUGGAGAUGUGCUGUCGAGCAACAACUCUUCUUUACGUUGGCAUCUUCAUGCAAUGCACCCAAGUUGAAGUCAGGUGGAACGCUGUUCAGCAGAGGAUCCAAGUUCCGUUUCAGUGGACGCUGUCAGAUCGAGGCUCUUUCAGCCAGUGAAAACAUAAAGAGGUCAGAGCCCAAAUUUCCAAGAACCAACUCUCUGCCCAACUUUUCUCGCAAUAAGCAUACGUCUGAGAGCAAGAGCAGUACGCUGAAUACGUCCAUCAUGUCGGAACCGGUACCGGAAGAUCGAAGACGCUACAAUGUUUACCUUGCACCGAGUCGCCGAGCCCAAGGAAUGGCAGAAGAAACUCCAAAUCAGUCAUUUGAAAUCACCCGAACAGAAGCAGCAGUGGAUGUCCCAGGGAAUGCCUUCGGAGCGCAGACGUCAAGCCCCAUUGUCCAGGAGAGCCCUGUGUUGCAGGCACCCCUGGCUGCAGAGGAGAAGUUUGAUAUGCAGAAGGUGCAGGCCGUGUCCGCCAGCGCUCCCGGUCAGAAGACCCCUGUCAAUGGAUCUGUCCCGGUUGACUCCUCCUUCCUGGAGACCAGCAUCGAUUCCAUGCCGUCCUACCAACCAAACAUGACGAUGGAUGACGAAGAAGAAGACGAGAGGACACCCAAGCCAUCACUGGACGAGCAGAUUAAGCAGCUGGAGGAACAGUACGAGAAGAUCACCAGCGACCAGAACCACAUAGCACCUGGCGGCAAAGUCGGCGGAGCCGCUCCUAAAGCCAAUCCUGCCCCUACCAGUUCAUCAAAGUCUCCGCCCAAAUCUAUGUGUGCAACCUGCUGCAAGGUUUUAACCUACUCAAUCCUGUUUGCUGUACUUCUAAUGGUGGUGACUUUUGUUGUUUUGUUCUACACAAAGUUCGACCACCCAUUGCUUGAUGAGGGACGGAAACAACUGCAAUUCCUGGAACCUGUCAAGCACUAUAUCGACGACUCUGUGGAAGCAAUUGCCAACAAGUUCAAGUGAAGAAAUAACGCCUUAUUUUGUGUCAGAGUUAUUUUUGGUUACAUAUCAUUGGCAAUAAGUGACAGAGCCAACUUGCAGAGAACAUGUUACACCACUUAGAUUGUGAUAGAAUAUUGCAUUGUAAAACCUCUCCUGAUUUUCCUAUCAUGCCUAUAGCACUCUUUUUAUUUUGUUAUUAACAUGGAAAAAGAGGAAGCACAGUGCAAUUACUUUUUAUUCCGUAACAAUGUAUUUAGAUUUAUGGUACAGUUUUAAAGGAACAUCAUGAAUCUCAUAUCAGUUUUCCAUUUCAAUUAUAAUAAUAAUAAUAACUAUUAUUGGACAAAUGUUAUAAAUAUUAUCAGAAAGAUAAAAAUUCUUCUCUUGAGCUGGUUUUGCUGGUAUUUUGCUAGAGUUUUACAUUUAACAGAUCGGGAGUGAUUAUUCUUCUCUCGUGUCUACCUCUGGUAAAAAAAAACACAUUACUGCCUUACCGAUAUGGCACUCAGGAAGACAUUCUUUGUUCAGUGUGUAAGUGCUAUACAUACUUAAUAAUCUGACUAGUAACUGUUUAAUGUGCCUACCAUGAGAUACAAGUGUUAAGUUUGUCAAAUUAUCAUUUGUUUUUAAAGUAAGCUGCACUUAAAUUCUAUGAAAAUCCCGAAUAGAAUAAAUGUAAUGCAUAAUAUGGACUGUGAUUUUGACUGAGCCUUGGUUCCCUGUAUAGUUUGUGUGAAGGAGAGGUUUUAGUAAUGCAAUAUGGUGGGGACGUUACCAUGGUGAUUAUUUCUCCCUUUUAUGAGUUAUUUUAGAUUUCAGUCAAUGUUGAAUGUGUCUAUUUUUUAGCCUUUUUAGACACGUUAAGAAAAACAUGAAAUGUGGUUUCAAAAUAAUGAUAUUUGGUGAGCAUUAAUAGUAAUAUUUAAAAUUAAGGCCAUAUGGCUUUCUCUGCCUGUCAGCGUGGAGAUGGUUAUUGUGACAUAGACGUCCACUGCUGCAGUAUCACACUAAUUACAAUGAAGUGCAUCACCAAGUGUAUGUCCCCACCAUCUUGUUUUGUGUGACCGUGAUCUGAAUCUAUUUACACCUCACCCGCUGGUGCGGUUUACAUUUCAGGCCCUCAUCACGUGACUUGUGAGUUUUGUGACGCUUUUUUUCGCACGUUGAUGAGGUGUAGCUGAAAGCUGAGGGGGCAAAAAAAGAGAGACAUGUAGGAGGGUGCAGAUGGACAGCGACAAAUUGUACAUUUGUUGUAGUCGACAAUUUGUUUGUUCUACUUGAUACUUUUGUUUUCAAAAUGUACUGGGGAAAGACUGUAAGGGUAGACCUAGGAUAUUCCUUUGUACUAUCUCUGUAUAUUGUUAGGUGGAGUGAUUUGUCUGUCCACCCCUCUGCACCCUCAGAUAUAAAAGAAUGGAUUGUAGACAAGAAUAAUUAUUUAUUUGCAAAUAAUCUAGUUGAUCAACAAAGUUUGGUUAGUUAAUGUGCCUGCUCGUGCAAUUCUAUUGAUUAUACUAAUCCUGUCAUGACAAAAGUAUCCGCUUUGCAUAAAUGUAGACCCAAAUUGAUUCUGUUGCACUGUAGUUCUGCAUGUAAUACACAUAAAAAUAUCACUUUCAUUUAACUCUCUUAUCCUCAAAGUUCAAAGCUGAGAUUUAUAAACCAUUGCAGUAGAGUACCUUGCUUCUUAAUCUGAGUCUCGGAACAGAGGGAUAUUCAAACUGAUGGUUGCUAUGAUACAGUGUACUGUAAGUGAUGCUGGUCAGGUAGGUAGUAUAGAAAGAGCAUUGGUAUCCUUCAUUAGUGUAUGGUGCUACAGUCCAUAAUAGGAGGGUGUUAAUUUGUUCGGGCUUGGAGGAUCAGUAGUGGUGUUUCGUUUUUUGUGUGCAAAUAAUAAGUUUUGUCAGUAUGUAUUGGAAUGUUUUUACCCAAAUAAGUCUCAGCUUUGAUAACUUGGUUUUCAUUGGUUGGAUGGAGGCAUUGGUACAUUUGACAGCUUUGAUCUGUCGCAGCAAAGGAGGAAUAGUUUGGGCAUGAAGAGAAUGAAAUAGUCUCUGAAGAGAAAAGGUUAUUAUCCUGGAGGAGAGACUGUUGUUGACUUAGCUGAUUUAAACCAUGCCGGUGUAUACUUGAACACUGAGAAGAAAUUGUUGAGAUAAGAUCAACAUUGUUAGAGUGGAGUGUCCAUCAGGAACCGACUAUAAACCAACUGCGAGGAUGAGAGAGUUAGAUCUGCCUCAGAGUGCUGCUUGAUUGGGUGGGCUUGUAUUUACAUUCAGCAUCUGAUGAUCACCAGAUGAAAGUGAAGUAUCGUACAUCACUGUAUCGGUUUGAGAACGCAUUGUUUUUUGUCACUAAUUAUCUGCCAGUCUGGAAUUUUUUUUCUUUUUAAGGUAUGGUGUUUUGAUCUCAAGGAGUAGAAAUUUGAGAUUUAUAUUGAAGCAUUUCUGUCUGUUUUAUGUUUCAAAUAUUUAAUUUCAUUUUAAAUGGUAAACUUUGGCAUUUUUAUGAGGAAUUUGUUUAUUGAAAUGUUGAAAUUAAAAUGUUUACAUAGAAUAUUCAUACGUAAUUGUUUAACAUUGUCUUAUUUAUUUCUAUCACACUAUGACAUUUUCCUGCGAUUUCAAUUUUGAAAUCCGGAUAUAUGAUGGCGGAUAUCGGUACUAAUUAUCCACUUGUUGCGUAUGCUUAUAUUGUAAUGUAGAUAUUUAGCUAGAAUAUCAACACGCUUGUAUCUUCAGUUCUGCUGUGUUUCAAGUCCAUAAAUUAUGCAAUACAACUUGAUGUGUACAACAUACUGGCAAAAUAACGUACUAACUCUCGGAUCAUCUCAUUGUAACAUAGGCCAUCGUCAUCGCUCAUGGAACUCGACUUGGCUGUAACAUAUAAUCGACCCCCACUGCUGGAAGAGGCAAAAACUGAAUUAAUAUUUUUAAAUCGUGUUGAAAUUUAUUGACAGAUUAACUUUUCUUCAUAUGUUGUGUCAAGAGGAAUCUAUGUUGUACAUUGUUACAUGUGAUUGUUCUGUGGCAUGUUUAUAUGGUAUACAAACACAAACUAAGAUUUUGAUUUUCUAUGGUCAGGUUUGCCCUUUGCCUCUCUCAAGCAGUAGUUACUGUAAGUCCUCAAUCAGAAGCUGGGUUGCAGGGAAAACUGAUAGUGACAGGGUGCACGAGGGCUGGAACUCAAUCAGUACAGUGGGUUUAAAUGUAACCAUUUUUUUAAUUCACUAUUUUUAUGUCGCUUGUGAGUUGAAGAUAAUGAAGGACAAACUUAAAUAAAGGCCGGUCUCAGUUUGAGACAAGAGCAGGGGGGAAACUAGAAGACCCAGGCAUCUGUUUGAGGACUUAGUUUUUUCAUCUCUUUGAAACGCUAUUCAUUUUGUAAGCUUGCCAUUACAAUGCUAUUUUAGAUCUAUCACAUCCUGCAUGUUUUAAUUCAAAUAAUUUGUUCAUGUGUUUGGACAUAUCCAUCAUGAUCUUUGUUGAGAUUUUAUGUACAAACCGAUACUCAUCUAGUUACUGCACAUAGAUAAAUUGUUACAUAUUCUCAAUUAUGUAGAACAUAAUCUAAAGUUGGUGAUAUCUUAAUUUUCCUAUUCUGUUUGUAUAGAGAAUGAGCUUUCUCGCCUUUGUAUGGUACCCAGGCUUGAGGAUCUAUGUGUAUAUACAUACAAAUAUAUGCGUUAAACUUGGCAGCCACUGAACAAGUGCUUUCUUAAGCUCGGUUGAGUUUAAUGAAGUGUCAUAGAGUUAUUCCUUCCUGUCCAUCAGCUGUGUUUGUUUGUCGGUUAAGUGAUGUGUGGUGGUGUUUUAUUUUAGACAUGUUGUUGGUGUUGUACAUUCUUGUUAAGACUUAGAAACAAAUACCUACAUUUAUACCUUCAAUACAACCACUUUUCUCCAGAUUUAUUUCUACAAACCACAGGAGCAACAGAAUUUUGAAUGUACUCCAGUUAUAACCAUUGAAACUUUUACAAUCUAUAUUAAGCAUGGAACCAACCACAUUUGAGAUGAGAUAGAAUAUCUGAGUGUAUACAUGGUAGCAUCCAUCAACAAGACAGAUGCCAACCAUAAUUUGAAUGAACAGAAGUUGUGUUGGAUUUAUCAUCUGGUGAAAUGAUCAGAAUCAAAGUUUUAUUUGAACUGAGUAACCUUACUAUGGUUGAAAUGAAUUAUGUCUGACUUUGGGAAUUGUUUCAAGUGGAACGUAUUAACCUUGGUUUAGUUCAUGAAGAAACAGAAAAAAGACUUUGUAUGAUGAUGCUUGUAGUUGGAUUUUUGUGAGGUAUUAACAUUGUAAAUGAUGAAACAAGAUUGUGCUGGGGAUGUUAUUUCACUGAUUAACAGUUUACUGACUGAUGUGUGACCUCCACAGAACUCCCAGAGAUAAUGUCCUCUACUUUAAGCAGACCAUUUUUUACUGUCAAGAAAUUAUGCAAAACCAUGAAUUUUUCAGAUAAAAAUAUUUCUUACAUUCUGCAUUUUAUUUAAGAGAUAUUUAUAUUUUUCUUAUUUAUUUAUGAAUUGUUAAAUAAAGGUGCACUGUAGAUAAAGGUUAGUGUGAAAGAGAAACCUUUGACGACCAGUAGACAUGAGGCUUCCCUGGAUCGUGCAUGGGGGGUUUCAUCCAUUACUACAUUCACGGCAUUAGCAGCUUCCAAUGCUUCUAAAUCAUUCAUUACCUACAUCAGUUACAUUCAAAAACUUCCACUUGACAAAAAGCACUUCUGAUGAAUUUUUCACGACACUUUUCUCUUAAGUAAAUGUCAACUAUUUCUCUGCAUGAUAUCUUUUUAUCUGAGUAACAAUAUUCCCUCCAAGUGUCUGAGGGACAGUGGUGAUAUAACUUUCCUGGAUUUUUAAAGACAUCCCAAGUGAUGAAUAGCUUGAUAUAUAACAAUGCAGGCGCUGACUGCCCUUUAAGACUGAUUUCUAAUAUUAAUGCAUGUUUUAUGAACCUCAUGCUUAGGUCAACUUUAGUUCGCAGUUAUUUUGCUAUUAUUUUUAUUUUCUGCGGGACCAACUUUUGUUCGUCCCUCCCUCCCUUGUGGUUGUGUACUGGCUCGCCUGAUAAUUCUGUGUCUACUUUGUAGAAUGCAUCGUAUCGAGCAUUUACAAGGAUUUUCAACAAAAUAAUUAAAAAAAAUCCACUCUGUAGAAAAA